UGAGGUAUUAAGAACUAAGACUCGAAGAAAGAGUCGGGAAAGAGAAAGAAAUAAAAAGCUGACUGGAGAGUGUGACAAUGAAUAUCAUUCCAAGUUUGAGUGCUGGAACCUGGACCAUCAUCAUUGUCUUUCUGACUCUCCUGUAUUUAUAUGGGACCAGGACACACAAGUUAUUUAAGAACUUAGGAAUUCCAGGACCAGCACCUCUUCCUUUCUUCGGCACUGUUCUUUCCUAUCGCAAAGGUUUUGCGGAAUUUGACUACCAAUGUUUUAAAAAAUAUGGGAAAACUUGGGGGUUUUUUGAUGGCAAACAAGCUGUGUUGGCCACUAUGGACCCAGAGAUGAUCAAAACAGUGCUGGUAAAAGAGUGCUAUUCCGUCUUCACCAAUCGUCGGAUGUUUGGUCCGGCAGGGAUUUUGGAGAGUGCCAUCUCAAUUGCUGAAGAUGAGCAAUGGAAGAGGAUUCGAACAGUGCUGUCUCCAACAUUUACUAGUGGAAAACUUAAGGAGAUGUUUCCCAUCAUAAACCAAUAUGGAGAUGUCUUAGUGAAGAACAUGAAGAAAGAAGCCGAGAAAAGCAAGCCUGUAACUAUGAAAGACAUCUUUGGGGCAUACAGCAUGGAUGUAAUCACCAGUACUUCCUUUGGAAUACAUGUUGAUUCCAUGAAUAACCCAAAUGAUCCUUUUGUCAGAGAAAUCAGAAAGUUAAUUAGAUUCAGUUUUCUGGACCCACUCAUUCUUUCAAUAACAAUUUUCCCAUUCCUUAUUCCUUUGUUUAAUAAAUUGAAUAUAACUGUAUUUCCAAAAGAUGCAACAGAUUUCCUAGCAAAAUCUGUUAUAAAAAUAAAAGAAGAACGAAAGAAAACUACAGAGAAGCAUCGGGUAGAUUUCCUUCAACUUAUGAUGGAUUCCCAGACUUCUAAAAAUUCAGAGUCACACUCUCAAAAAGAUCUGAGUGAUGAAGAAAUUCUGGCUCAAUCCAUUAUCUUUAUUUUUGCUGGCUAUGAAACUACCAGCUCUGUCCUUUCCUUCCUUUUUUAUCACCUGGCUACCAAUCCUGAAAUCCAGGAGAAACUUCAGAAGGAGAUAGAUGCAGUUUUGCCCAACAAGGAAGCUGUCACCUAUGAUGCCUUGGUCCAGAUGGAAUACCUAGACAUGGUGAUAAAUGAAAAUCUCAGGCUGUACCCCAUAGCGGGAAGGAUUGAAAGAGUUGCUAAGAAAACUGUUGAGAUCAAUGGCUUGACAAUUCCUAAGGGAACAGUGGUGAUGGCUCCUCCCUACGUCCUUCAUCGUGACCCAGAAUACUGGCCAGAACCAGAAGAGUUUCGUCCUGAAAGGUUCAGUAAGGAAAACAAGGAAAGCAUCAACCCCUAUGUGUACCUGCCCUUCGGUGCUGGUCCUCGAAACUGCAUUGGGAUGAGAUUUGCACUUAUGAGUAUGAAAGUUGCUGUUAGCCGAGUCCUGCAGGAAUUUUCCUUCAGACCUUGUAAAGAGACACAGAUUCCCCUGAAGUUGAGCAAUCAGCCACUCCUUACACCUUCUGUACCUAUUGUCCUGCAAGCUGUAUUAAGGAAGAAGAAAGGAAAUCAACACUAGAAAUCCUCCAUCUCACUUUACUUAUCCCCAUCUACAAUCAUGCCUCGCAUUUCUCUACUAUAUUCCGAGAACAGUAUAUCCCUGGACUUCAAAAGGAACUUAAUUUAUCUUAUGAACCAAACGAAGAAAUUGAGAGUUUUUUUUAAACUUCAGGGGAUUAAUCGGUAUUGCAGAUGGCCUUUUGGAGAUCUCCAUGUCUGAGAACAAUUGUAAAAUGCCUGGUGGUGUCAUGUCACCUAUGUUGAUUUAUCUGAUCAUGUUCCAAAAGAAAUAAAUCCCAACAUACUAGUAUCACUUGAUGUUACUAGACUGUACUGAUUAAUAGAGAACAGCAUGAAUUGAGCAGCUGUUGAAACAGUCCUUGACUAUUAUAAUCACACUGAAUGUUAUAAUAAUAUGUGGUAGCAUAUUUCUUAUUUUUAAUAUUCUGCAUUAAAGACUUCUGCUGCUACAAAUCACUAAA